UGCGGCAGCUCUCUGCCAAGGCCGGAGGGGCUCAGCCCGGGAUGCUGCUUCCUCUCCUCCCUCCCAGCAGCCCUGUUUCCGGCACAUGGCCGGCUCCGCUUCCCCGUGCCCGCCGCCCUCCUGCCUCCGGAGCGCUCUGCGGCAUCCAGGGCCUGUCCUUGGCCCGGCCCGGCUCGGAGCGGCGAGGGCUGCGCUGGGGCUGAGCGGUACAGCCCGCGGCGGCGGCGGGGAGGCUGCAGAGCCCGAGUUACAACCUGUCCCACAGCUGGAGAGGGGGGAAAAGGCCACGCAGCAGCAAACUCUGGCUGUUGGGGCAGCACCAUUUGUCCGUACCUCAAACUCCUGGGAAAGCAGGAUGAAGGACAUUUCUCACUGUGGAAUGACUUGCUGCAGCACCCAAGGGCACAGGUGGGACAGCAGAGAGCACAUGGUCUGGGAGUCCCGCCAGCACAGGGAGCUGGGCGCCUGUCCCAGGGAGAGCCUGUCCCUCCAGAGCCGCUUCACCCCCCUGACCAUCACCAGGGAGCCUGGGAGCAAGCACGGAGCCAAGGAUGGAGCUGUGGGAGCCAGCCAGGGAUGUGCCAGCGCCAGCAGCGGAGCAGCCGCCACCACCACCAUGCUGUUUGAACCCAGUGGAGACGGGCAAACCCCGCAGGUCGUGGUGCUGGUGGGGGCCCCAGGGAUGGGGAAGACAACGAUGGUCAGGAAGGUGAUGGUGGAGUGGGGAGAAGGGGCACUCUGCACGCAGUUUGACUUUGUCUUCUGCAUUGACUGCAAAGCCAUCGUCCUUCCCAUGGAAGCCAGCAUGGCAGACCUGGUUUCAUGGUGCUGUCCUGGCCUGCAAGUGCCAGCUGGGAAGAUCCUGGAUGACCAGAAGAAGAUCCUGUUCAUUUUUGAUGGCUUCGAGGCCCUGGGGUUCUCCUUGGUUCAGCCUGAAGCUGAGCUGAGCUCUGACCCCAGAGAGGUGAAGCCGCUGGAGCUCACCCUGAUGAGCUUGUUGAAGAAGACUCUGCUCCCCAAAGCCUCUUUGCUUAUCACCAUGAGGCCAACAGCUCUUGGAAGCCUGAGGCAGUGCCUGAAGGGUGAGAAUUAUGUGGAGAUACUGGGAUUUUCAGCAGCCAGGAGGGAGGAGUAUUUCCACAGGUAUUUUGAGAACUCCAACAAAGCAGACGUGGCCUUCAGGUUUGUCAAAGGCAACGAGAUCCUCUAUAGCUUGUGUGUCAUCCCUAUCAUGAGCUGGACCAUCUGCACCAUCCUUGAACAAGAGCUUUGUGGGAAGAAGAACCUCCAUGAGUGCUCCAAAACCACCACAGGGAUGAUGAUGUUCUACCUCUCCCAGUUACUGAAGCACAGGGACAGGGACAACCCACAGGUCCUCCAGCAGUUCCUACUCCAGCUUUGCUCCUUGGCGGCCGAGGGUAUUUGGAAGCACAAGGUCCUCUUUGAGGAGAAGGAAAUCAAGGACUGUGGCUUGGACCUGCCAGGUCUUCUCCCCUACUUCCUCAAUGAAAAAAUCCCAAGGGAAGGAGAAGACCAUGAGAGUGUCUAUGCUUUCACCCACCUGCACCUCCAGGAGUUUUUUGCAGCAAUGUUUUACGUUCUGGAGGAUGAUGGGGAAACGAUCAGCAGCCUGGGGAGGCUUGAGAAGAACGUAAAUAAAUUAUUAGAAAGCUACAACAAGUCCAGAAAGGAUUUGAAUGUAACAGUGCGAUUCCUCUUUGGUCUGGUCAGCCAGAAAUCCAUAGAGUACAUGGACAAUACCAUUGGGUGCAGAAUUUCACCACGAGCCAGGGAAGAGCUGCUGGAGUGGCUUCAGGGGAGGCACAGAGGCCUCUCCCACCCUGGCCAAGCACUGAAGGUUUCGGAGAUGGACACUUUCCACUUCUUGUUCGAGAUGAACGAGAAGAGCUUUGCACAAAGUGCAUUGAGUCAUUUCACUGACCUGGACUUGCAGGACACCAGGCUGACCCUGUAUGACCAGAUGGCUCUUUCCUUCUGCAUCCAGCACUGGGCUGGGCUGGGCUCCAUCACCCUGCAAGGGUGCUCCUUCCACUGGCGGGAUCCUGAGGCAGAGCUGGAUGUGUCAGUGCCUUGCUCUGGAGUCUCGGGAGCCAGAGGACAUCCUGGUGCCCUCGUCGCGCGGCG